AUGGAGGCGGCCGACCUGUCGACCAUCACCGACGAGGACCAGCUGCGCAAGAUGUGGCAGCUGGCGGAGGACUUUACGCGCAAAAAGGAAAUCCGAGCGUAUAUGUACAAGCUGCGCGAGCAGCGGCUGAAGGAUUUCUACGCCAGCAACGACAGCAGCCCCCCGUACUUCUUGAUGGAUAAGGCGAGCGCCACGUUCGGGCUGAAGAAGAGCACAGUGGCGGCGAGUCACGGCGAUUCGCUCGUCGACCAGAGCUUCGAAAGCUUCAAGACGAAGGAGAUCCGCGACUCGGAGAGUCCGACCAGGUUUGGAAAUGCGGCCACCGUCCCGUCCGCCAACAGUGGCUGGCAGAUAAAGACGUCGGAGGAGGUGAGCGACGAUGGGAAGACGCACACGAUGCACACCACCGCCACGACGCAGGGCACGAAGGAGCUGGACGGCGGGCGGAUGACGUUCGCCGGCCACAACCUGGAGUCGCACAGCGAGCACUUUGACGGCGACGAGUCGAACUUCGUGCACAGCAAGGGCGACCAGUCGAGCACGGUGCUGGUGGAGGACAGCGUGAUCGAGGAUGCGGACAGGGGCCGCAUGGUGGCGGGCACGACGCGCUCCACCACCACCUCGACGUCCAGCUCGACGUCGCGUGUCGUACGUCAGCAGCAGAAUGGCAGCGACGGACGGCAGCAGCUGCUCGACGCGACCGACUAUGCGCUGAACAGCGACGAUGUGGCGGCGUCCAAUAUCAAUACCACGAGCAGCACCACCACCACCACCAGUAGCAGCAGCAACACGAUGAAGCGAAGUAGCACCAACACCAGCGACGAGCAGUGUGUGGCGGCGGCUCCGAAAGAGCUCUCCAAAGAUCCGGAGCGCGUCCGGGAGGCCUUCCGGUUGGCGCAGGGCGCAGGCAAGGUGCUCGAGCGGGAGGAGACGAUGGUGAACGCGACCACCAAGAUGAUCACCGAGACCAAGCGGCUCGACGAUGGUACCACGGUCACGACGCGCACCUACGAGAAGCUGCCGGCGGCCGCCGACUCCGACCAGUACGAGCACCGCUCGCGAACGGUUCGUACUCAGCAUGUUCAGGAGCAGCAGCAGAAGCCGGAAGCAAGCCCCACGCGCACCAGCGUCCUUUCGGAGGUCAGCGGCAGCGAAGAUCAGCAGCGUUCGAGUCGCAGUCGCACCGCGACGACAACCAGCACCACUACGCAGCGCAUCUCGGUCGAGGUGGAUGCAGCUCACGAUUCGUUCGCUCGCUCACUGCGCUCAAUCUCGCCGACGGGAAGCGUACGGUCGGUGCGCUCGAACGCAACGCUCGUUGGAUCCGGCCGAGCAAGCGUCAGCCCGGACAAGGGACGCACUGGACGUCGCAGCCCUUCGCGCGAGUCCGACUCCCGGCCGGACUAUAUGCGCUCGACGUUCACCUCGGAGCGCAAGGUGUCGGGUUUCCGUGAACCGGAGCAACCGGUGGGUGAUGGGCGAUCGCCCAGCCCACGCAAGGUACCGGCGAACACGCCCCAGGAGUCGCGUGGAGCUUCACCGGUCAAGCAGGAUGUCCAAAGGGACAGCCACAGCGAGGUGUGCCAGAGCAGCGUCGUAGAAACGACGACCUUGCACGAGCAGGAGGUCGACGGUGGGCGUGUGCAUGGAAGCACCAAGCCUCCGCUGGUGCGCAGCGAAACGUACGAGGAGCGAUGCCGCAAGAUCCUCGGUAUGCCGCAUCGGCCCUUGGGUGAGGAACCUAAGGUGGACGCAAAGUCCACCACCGGUAGCAUCUUUAGCACGUACGACAACACUGUCACAACCGUUCAGCAGCAGCAGCAAAACACCGGCACACGCUCGGAGUUGCGCGAGCAGCGCAAAAAGAUCGAGCAGGAGAUCCGUUCGAUCGAGCGUGAAACGCUGAAGACGAGUGCCACUCGGCGCACAAGCGACUUCCUAGCGGACGAACGGGACAGCGUGCUGGAGGAGCGCAAGGUGCAGAAGGAGUCGUCCCCGGGGCGUAAGAGUUCGGUCGGCACGUCCAAGGAGCCGUCACCGACACGCCAGGAGCGUGCGCCGGUACGUGCCGAAGCGAAGGAACCAUCCCCGACCAGGAAGCCGACGGUGCAGGAGGUGUCUCCGGUUCGAAAACCGUCGGUGAAGGAACCCGCCGCGGCUAGAAAAUCGCCCGAGAAGGAACCUUCCCCGGUGAGGAGGAUGCCGGCGGAGAAGGAACCGUCCCCAACAAGGAAGCCUGCGGAGAAGGAACCGUCCCCAACUAGGAAGUCCCCAGAGAAGGAACCUUCCCCGAAGCGGAUGUCGUCGACAAAGGAACCAGCUGUAACCAGGGCUUCUUACGAGAGGGAACCAACCCCGACGCGAAAGCCCUCGGUGAAGGAGGUGUCCCCGGUUAGGCAGUCACCGGUGAAGGAAGCUUCUCCGGUGAAGGACGUCUCACCAUCACGCAAACCAGCAACGAAGGAAGUUUCGAAGGAGGAAACCGCUACCAAGACCAGCAAGGCGACGGUACUGGUGGAACAGCGUCGGGAGGGGCGUAAUAUCUCCGUUGCGGAGAUCACCAUCGUGCCGGUGAUGGAGGUAUCGGAGGUGCGCACCGCUCGCAGCGCAUCGAAGGUCCUCACCAAGCAGUCGUCGGAUACGAAGUUCGAUCGUCGAACGGCGACAACAUCGACGUCGGCCACGGCUAGCAAUGUGAGCAACCGUGCGAUCACCAACAAGAGCUCGUCGGACUUUGACGUUACGAAGCGGCGCGCGACGGAGGUGACAACGUCGGUUGGUGUCGGUGGUAAGCAGCGUACCCCAGCCACCAGUCCGGACAAACGACGUCCGGCGGCAGCGGCACCGGUGGCGACAACACCGACGACCCCGUCGGUCAAGCAGAACCACAUCACGGUGGCGAAGAUCAAGAUUAACCCGCUGCGCAAGCCACAGGUGGUGACGACCCGCACGGAGGAGUGGAGCAGCACGCGGACGAGUCGCAGCCAGGCGGCUCGGAAGCUGCCCGAACCGGAGACGGAUCCGGAGUCGAGCAAGGAUACCGGUAUCUCGGACAACAGCGAGGUCGAGGAAACGGUCGAGCGCGUCGAGGUGAGUGCCACCGGUACGGCCUGUUGCCGUCAUGCGGGCGCGUACGCCGUCACCGACCGCAAAGACUCGGCCCCGGUGGUUCGUACGACGGGUGCGGCUCGGGCUAGCAAAAGCUACGCUCGCUCGUCGAGUGACAAUCAUCUGCGGGCGACGAACGUCGUCAACCGGCCUGCGGCUACUACGACUACGACCGCGCCCAGCAGCAACCGAACACCGGCCGCGGUCAAUGGCCGCGGUAAGGUCGAGCGGCCUGUGAAGCACGUCGCUACCAAGACGAUUAACCUGUCGAGCUCUUCGAAGCUGUCCUCAGCGGUGGCUGGCAACACGGCCACGAACACUACAACCACCACCACCACCACCACCACGACAUUCGACUCCGAUCACCUGGAUAACGUGGUGAUCGACAUUCAGCAGGCAAAGUCGUCUCGCGAACCGACCCCGAACAAGCUGGUACCGAUCCCGGUGUCGCCUGACACCGAGGAUACCGGCAAGCCGCGCUACCCGGACGCGGUGCAGGAGCCGGACGACGAGCGGGCCCCGGGGUCGGCCCAGCCGCGUGUCAACAACAUCCCGAUCUUCGAGGAGGCGACCAACGAGUACGUCGGCUGCGAGAUCACCGAGGUGGACGAGCAGCAGGAGUCGGUGUCGGCGCACGCCACCCGCAUCACCAACCUCGACCGCGUCACCGAGGACGACGAGUCGCUGCUGAGCGUGACGGAGAAGGUGAGCAAGUUCGUGCACGAGGCGCGUCGUCUGCAGGAGACCGGGGAGUCGCAGCCACGGCCACCACAGCCGGUGCGCUUCGUGGUGCGCCACGAGUACGACGACAUCGACGAGCACCUCAAGUCGGACGAGUGCCUGCUGAGCGUCUCGGACAAGGUGACCAAGUUCAUCUCGACCGCCGAGGAGGUGAAGAAGAUACGCACCUCCGGACCGUUCGUGCCGGACGGGGCGGGCAAGGCGGUCACCGAGGUGCCGGCAAGUGUCACCGAGGGUGACGAGUGUCUGCUGAGCGUGAACGAGAAGGUGAACCGCUUCGCUAGCCGUAUUGGGGAGACGCGAGGUGAACCAGCACGCCACACACCGACUGCUGAGGAUGGUGCACCGCAGCUAGGUGGAACCGAACCGAACGGCGAGCUGGUGGCCGACAAGGUGACGAGCAAGUUUGCUCCUCAGAAGUCACCGGAGCUGGUGAAGAACGCCAUGCGUAGCACCGCACGCCAUACGGUUGGUGAGGAGUCGGAAACGGAGCUGGCGGGACGAUCUACCAACGCCACCAGCAUCACCGAACGCUAUCGCACGGCCACGGUGACGAAGCAAGCACCGGCGGCGGCGGCGGCCGGUCCCGCUCCGACCAGCCCGAUCACGCUGCGCAGCACCGAAGCCGUGAAGAAGGCGAAGGAAAUCUUCGAGAAGGGCCAAGCGGUGCAGGACGCUCGCCAGCGCGACAUCCUUAGCCGGCCCUCGAUCUGGGAGGAGCGGCGCGCUAAGAAGGAGGCGCUGGAGAAGGAGAAGGACCAGGGCAGGAAGGGCACGACCGACGUGAAGCUGACCGACAUCGGGGUAUUCCGCAAGCAGUCUGCUACAUCGACGGAUGUCGAUGGUGGGCAGAAGAAACCGGAGGAACCCCGCGCCGUGGAGCCGGUGGAGCCGGAAGUCGGUGCUCCUAAGUCGGCGGGAGGUGCGGGUAGCCGCCGGGACAGUGGUGGAGCACCGCGCGCUCCGGCCUACAUCCGCGACACGGUGUCCUCCAAGAAGGACCUGUUCGAGAAGCGCAUCUCGUCGUCGCGCAUGCAGGUCGAGUACACUACGCAAACGUCGCAGGAGGCCUCCGAGUCGUCGACGGCGGUGCGGCGCCAGUCUCUGAAGCAAACGGACCGCGAGCGCUCGACUGCACCCUCGGUCGGGGACGGAUCGAAGCCGUCCUAUAUGAACCACACGGUGGCGUCGCUCGAACACAUCAACGCGAACCAGCGUCGUGAAUCGGUGGAUUACGGUGGCUCGGGGGCAAUCCACGAGCAGCCAGCGGUGGGUCGUAACGCGAGCACGGCGUCGACGACGACAACCACCGCUGCCACUAGCACCAGCUCCAGCAAGUUCGGUGUCGAGCUGAAGCGCCUCGAUGCAGGCAAUCGUACGAGCACGACGACGGUGACGACGACGCUGGCGGCGGUUGCGGCAAACCCGACGCCAGCGCAACCGAAGCGUAAGUCGAGCGGUGCCGGUGCGACCACCCUCACCGGUGACGUUGCGAUCGAGGACAUUUUCGAGCUGGAGGUGCUCGAACGGAUGCUCGAAGCGGUCACGGGCUACGAGCAGCGGCGUCGCAUACGCGCCCAGAUUCGUCUGGUGAAAAAGCAGCGCGAUGAGCAAGCGACGGGUCGGCAGAGUAGCACCACCGUAACGACCAUGACGACGACGACGAUGGCGGCGAAGAAUGCCAACGGAGUCGCCACGAAGCGCAAGGACUCGAGCCCGACGCGUACUUCGGCGAUGCGCAAGACGUCGUCAACGCUCGCCGAUAGCACCGACAGUGCCGGCACUAACGCCCGCCACCAGAUGGCUACGUCGACGACCACGACGGAGGUCACGGUGGAGAAGCAGCAGCAGGAGGUGGGAAAGCCGACCGCACCGGUGGAAACGAAACAGGUGACGACGGAUCGGUUCGGGGCGAAGGCGAGCGCCAAGGACGAGCGUCCGAUCUGGGCGACGAGCAACAUCCUGAAGAAGGCGUCGGAGAACACGCGCACGUUCAAGGGAAGCGGCGUUUCGUCGCUGGGCGCUGGCAGCGGCACCGGUGGCUCCUCGAUGACGGUAAAGAAGACGGUCACCUCGAGCAGCAGCAGCAGCAGCUACCACACGAAGGCGUCCGAGCCGAAGUCGACCACCGACUGCAUCACCUCGAGCUACGGCGUGGGCCCUAUGGACGAGAACGGGCUGCCGCUGUUCGGUAUACGUGCGCUGAAGAAGAAGGCCACACCGGUGCCGCCGCUCGACGGGGAGGGUACAACCGUCACCGGCACGAUCGUCACCGAGACGCUGUACGCGGAGAACGGUGGACCGGCCGUCGGUAAGCGCAGCACCACGCACUAUGCAGGCGAGGAAGGUGGCUUGAAGGCGAUCACCCGCACGGAGAAGUUCGACUCCACCGGCGCCCACUCCGUCGAGGAGGUGGAGACGAUCGAUGGGAGCGGACGGACCGCCAAGGUGGUGCGCAAGGGUUCGGUCAAGGAGCUGACGGAGCGAUUCGUGCACCGUGAAUCAUCCGGAUCGCUGCAUCAACAGCAACAGCACCAGCAGCUGCAGCAGGACUCCCGCAGCUACCCUAAGGCCGGUCUGAUCCUGCGUUCCAGCGCGCACAGCCACUCCAGCCGUGCCUCAACGCCGGCGACCGAUGGCUGCUCGCUCGGUGACGAGCACGAACAGGAGGAGGAGGAGGACGAGGAGCAGCAGGUGGAGUUCCGCCGGGGCGCCGACGCCCACACGAUGACUUCCUCGACGAGCAGCACGCGCCAAGUGCGCUCCUUCCUCAACGACACUACCAAGGUCACCGACGUGCAGGACGUCCUGCAGCGCAUGAGCAACGCCGACCAUGUCGAAGAGUCGGGCGACACGGCGGAGGACCGGGAGGCACGCGCCCUGCUGAACAAGUUCCUCGGUGCGUCCGUGCUGAUGAGCGGCGUCGAGUCGCUGAUGGCCAAGCCGGCGGGCACCAGCAUCACCACCACCACCACCACCGGACCGGCCGCGAAGAAAAAGGUAUCGAAAGUAUCUUCAACGACCACUACUAAAACACAUACGGUGAAAUCGUCUGGCGGUAGUGCAAGCAGUCCUACUAAACCAGCUACCGUUGACAACCUAGACGAAAUCUGGGACGAAGCUAUCCUAAAGCAGCUGCUGGAAUCUUCCUCGAGCUACGACGACCGUCGCAAGAUACGAGCUCGCAUCCGUCAGAUCAUGGCCGAAAAAGAAGCGUGCGCCGAUAUUGUCGCCAUCGUAACCGCCGAUCUGCAGCGCGAGCGCCAACUACAGCAGCAGUCAGCGGCGGCGGCGGCCGUAGCGCCGACCAACGGUCUCCCUCAGGGUGAGUCACUCCUGUUGCCUUUGCUGCAGGGGCUACUGCUGAGCAGUAGUGGCGGUGUUGGUGGUAGCGAUGGUAGCGGUAGUGGUAGUAGUGGUAGUGCGACACAGGCUGCAUUGGUGCCGCCGGUGGAGGACUCGGGGACCGAGUCGGGCGAGGACCUGCGCCUGUUGGCGGCCGCAGCCGGAGCGGCUAGCGCUGGCAGUGCGCUCGGCAGCGGCGGCGGGGGGGCCGGAAGGGACGCCGGGCGGGUGGGUGCCGGGCUGACGGGGAUCCUGCACGAGGUGUCGGCGGCCCUCGAGCGGCUACAGCUGACGCUGCGCGCUGAGCCGCUCGGCCAGGGCUGCGCGGAGGUGAUUCACCUCGACGGCGAGAAGCGGAAUGCACUGUUGGCGCUGAUCACCCGACUUCAGCAAGGACUGCUGCAGCCGGAUAAGAUAGGCGACGUCGCGAAUGGGAGUGAGCGGACGGCAAACGGCAAUUUGGACGACAGCCAGACCCGACCCAGGGCCGUUGGAAGUUCAAGGUUCAGCGCGAAGCGGCGCACCAAUCGCAACAGCCGCCACACGGUGGGCGUCAGUCGUGAGGAGCUUGCCGACGCGAGAAGAUUCAUCGAGGAGAUGGUACUGAUGGACGGCAGACAGCCGCAAGCUGAGCGUGCGCCGGCUCCGGAGAAGACGUACCUGCUGCAGAAGCAACACUCACUCGGCACCGUGCUCGGCAGCACCAGCAGCACGACGACUCCGGCGACAGCCUUCGCCAUGAAGCGGCCGAGUCAGUUCGUUCCGAAAGAGAUGCAGAAUCUGCAUCAUACGACCCUCGAUAAGGUCGCGAAACAAUCAUCGGCGGCUAGUGCAACAGUGGUGGCGGCGGCGGCGGCACCGGUUGUGCCCGCCCGAACGAAACCCAGCAAGGAGAAACUGCUGCUGCUGAGCCGUCAGUCGCUGAGUGUCGACCAGGCGCUUCCACCAACCACCAACGGGCGAGUGAGCCCAUCCGGAAGGCAGGAUGUGGCGGCGGCUAAACCGAUCGAUCUGCACAAGCACAAACCGGCAGCGACGGUCAGGCCACAACAACCGCAGCCGGUUGCGGCGGCUGAGGAGCAGUUCAAGAAACCCACACAAACGGCUGCCCAGCGGGCGCUGGUGAAGAAGUACUCGUUUAACGAUGGCUCCAGCACGGACGAGGACGACGAGCGGCGCGCUCUGCGCAAGCUGGACGAACCGAAGAAGACGGCCGAACAGAUGGUGCUGCGCAACAAGGUAACGCCGACGGAGGCGGCCACCGGCCAUGGUGGUUCGCUGGUAAUCAACACGGUGCAAAAGAUUGUCAGCCGCGAGACGAAGCCAACCACCGAGCAGGUUGGUCGGGUGGCGCCAAGGUCGACGACGAGGCAGGGGCAGGGCCAUCAACACCUUCACCACCAUGCGGCGACGCAGGGUCGCAGCCGAACGCCUGAUUCAUCGCACAAGGCGGAUGAGACGCUCGCCAAGCCGGUCAACAAGUACACCAGCAAGAAGUUGCGCAUGAAGCGAGCCAACACCAUCGACAUACCGAAGAACCUGCUGCCGAACAGUGGCAGCGAGGGUGAACACGAUGAGGAUGAUGAUGACGAGGUGAGCGCGGCUGGUACGAAGCAGUCGGCGAGGAAACGAACGAACGCGGGGGUGGCCGGGCGCGGUACGGUGGUGAAACCACAGCCGCCUGGAGCGCCGCCCGUCGAGGUGCCGGACUUUAAGCCGCGCACGGAGAACGACCUCAAGUUUAUGGCGUUUCUGCAGAAGCAGAACCAGCAGCCGCGCCAGAUGUGGAGCAAUCCCGUGCGCGAGCACGUCGGCUCGAACAACUGGACGAACAAGUUCGGCCAUCUGAAGAGUAACUUCGAGCAGCCGGGCGAUCGGCGUAGCCGCUCGGAGCUGCCACCGAAGUACGGUGCGCCCAAACCAUCGGCGAUGAACUUCUGGAAGCAGGCCGAGAGCUCCUCCAUCGAUGAGCCCACGCCGAUGGCUCGCCCGACUACGAAGCAACCAACUCCAACGCAGUCCAAAAGCAGCAGUCAACCGUCGCCGUCAUCGAACGUAACCCAGCCAGGAGCGAGGACGUCAACGACUCCGAAUCGGGGUAAGAACGUUCCCGGUACCUACUCCCAGACGCUGCAGCCGAGCGCGGGCGGUCAUCCUAAGGGGGAUAACACUGCAGAUCGUUCGGUCGUCGAAGGGAAGCUGGUGCUGCCGAAAGCCACCGGUUCCACGCUGAACCAAUUCUCGCACGCUUCAGCGUCCGCUUUCAAGCCCAUCCCGAAGAAGCUGCCAACCCCGACCGGCCAGCUAGAGUUCAAGCCGAUUCAGCACGAGCCGGAUAUUGUGCGUCCCAUCCCGGCACGCGUCUCCAACGCGACGGGUUUGGUGAAACAAAUCGUGGCGACCGGCUUCAAGGAGACACCCGAGGUAAAACCGGAACCGAUGCAGGUGCAGCUGGGUCUGGUGCGCUCGCUGGCGGCACAAGGCUACCAGGAGACGCCGUACGUGCCGCUGCCGAAGAUUGAACGCACGCCCACGCACAACGUGCUGAACUAUAAUCCGCGACCGGACGCGGCCAGCAGCAUCGAUCCGGCACCGGCUGCGCCGUGGGUUGGGAAGCGGGCCUCGGAUCCCGCGAGCAACCGGGUGGCUAGCAUCGCCGCCACCAAGUUCACCGCGAACUCGUUCGGGCACAACAAACAGGCGCUACCGGCCCAACAGCCGCUAACCUACCAGGGCUCGUUGAAGUACGCCGAGAGGCCACUGGCGUACCAGAGUACCGGUAUGAACGGGUUCGCUAUGGCACCGUACGAGAAGCGACCUUCGCUACCGGAUGUGUCUGCGAUAGGUAGUCACCUCGGAACGUACACCUUUACCGACUACACACACCCGGAGUCGGUGUCGACGUUCUCGCUGAAUCGCAGCGACUCGCUGACAAACCCCGAAAACGAACCUCUUGUCCUCACCAGCUCCAACUCCGUCUUCAGCCCGACAACGGCUAUCACGCGCAUGGGUCCGCCCGUGUUGCAGCACCAGCAGCAACCGUCCCAGAUCAGCUACCUGGCGGUUAAUGUCGAUCAGCAGAGCUCCUCCUCGCACUCACCGGCCAAUCCGGAUGAGGACGAUGACCUGGACGACGUCUACGAUUACGACGAUCUCGACUCGGUCGACUCGCAGGAGAUGCGCGUCGUUUCGAAGGUGAUGAAGGCACCACAGGGACAGCAAGCAACGUAUAGCGCCCCAGUGCGCUCGACACACCUGCGAGCUGUCAACGGCCACGAUGGCCCGGAUGCUGGUGGGCGCGGGUCGCUGAUUGCGCAGAGUCUGCACAGUUCACUGAAGAAAAUUAAGGACAAGAGUCCAACGCCACCAAAAGCUCGCGCGCGCUACUCACAGGAAUUGUCACCGGCGCCGGUUCCCACGCAAGCGCAGCCACCUCCACAGGUCGAGGUCACGGCACCGGUACCGUCGCACGCUAUCUACAACAACGUACACGCGCAGUACGCGCACCCUCGGCUAGCGGAUCACCAUCACCAACCGCUGCUGGCGCGCACCAAGUCAAGCCACAAUCUCACCGUGCCGGUGACAGCGCAGCCGCUGCGACCUAUCAGCAGCGACAAGCAGCGCACGGUGGAGGCGUACUUCACCGGCCAGUCCGGUGUUGCGGGGCGGCAGCCAUCGUCAUCAACUGCCCCCAGCUCCGGCUACCAGAUGGCGCGCACGGCCUCCAGCAAAAAUCUCGUUCUACGCGACAAAUCCGGUAUGGCUGGGCAGCACCAUCACGCCGUACGACCGGUGUCCUACGCAAUGGGCCACAACAUGGGCUACAGCAGCUACAACGGUGGGCAGGCGAUGAGCUACGCACCGUCAUCCGCACACUUCCAGCAGCGUAACGCACCGGCCGACUAUCCGGCCUACAAGCCUCACUCACACCAGCAACAGGCGGUACAGGCACCCCUUGGUGGCGGCCUGCUACGAAGCCGCACCAUGCCCCACAUACCGCUCGGUAGUUUGGCCCUGCUUGACGAGAACAACGUGGAGGACGCGUUCGAGGAACUGAUGAACCAGUCGUUUGCCGUCUAG